CUUUAAACAAAAUACAGGUAAGAUUUCCGUCUCUGUCAUUGGAACGACUCUUUCGCGCACAGCUGUCUGUCCAUAUGCGCAAGAGACGGUCGAGUCGGAGUGGAGCAGUAAGCGUCGCGACUUUAGCGUGAUUGGUCGCCGUGUCCUCGUCUCGCGUUUUGAAUUUAAAGUGGCAGCGAUCGAGUUCAUUGUGAAACAAACAAUGACUCGUACGCCAAAGUUUUUACUCUUUAAAUAAAACCAUAUUAAGAGAGUGUUCUAUUUCAAUCAUGGAAUGAUAAGACUUCAACAGAAUAUUUAGCAAAAUGAAAAUAAAACACUAUCCUGGAAAAGCGGUCAUGGAAGACCCGUGGCUUUCAAUCGGGGACAGAACUAUGGACUUGGUGUAUGCGGCGAACUGGGUUGGAGCAAAGAAUCUCAGUAAUUAUAAUGAAAAUGAUAGCAGCUCAAAUAAGGUGAAAUUCAAUUCUAUAUCAAGAAGUAAGUCUUGUAGAGAUGUAGGUCAUAGUAACAGUAAUAAAAACUACGAAAACAAGCUGUAUUCAGACGAUAGCGGAUGCUACUCAACCAUUGUUCCUAAUGAAAACAUAUCACAAUUAGCUAAAUAUCAACAAAAUAUUGAAGAGAAAGCUCGCGCUAAUAAUAAUCUGAUUGCUCAAAAUAAACUGAAGCAUAGUUAUAGUUUUAAGGAUAUGCCGAAUGGCUAUAGACCUUCUACUCUGAAGCGUGUUAAACGAAGAAAUUUCACUGAAUGGGAUAUAGAUACUUUUGCUAAUAAUGGGAAGGCACCUGUUCCACCACAGCGUAAAGAUUCGCUCAAGUAUGCCCACAGGCAACGGAAAGUAGAUUCAAAGAAAAAUUAUUACCCGUUACCAGACCCUGGACCUGUGCCGCCAGAUCCAUCUUCAGAAUCUUAUUAUGAGUACUAUUCAAGAGUUAGUCAACAAAACAAUGACACAGAUAGUGAUAAAAUUAAGCUACAAAGAGAUAACAAAAAAGAUUUAGUUGUGUCAGGGCCCCCCAAUGACGAGUUAUACGAUGCUCAUUCUGGAAGUUUUGGUAAAGACACGAUGUAUCAGAUAAUAAAUACUAUGGCGACAUUAGAUUUAACACCUAUGAAAUUCAAAUCAGGACAGCAAAUAGGCAAUGAAGAUUGCGAGGCGGAAGAUUUAGGUCUUUACAUGAGGCCUAUUAAUGAAUCAUUAUCUACAUGCGAACAACUUCCGAAUCGCACUACGCAACCAGUAAACGAACGAAAUGGACGUAUUGAAGAUGUUAAACCUAGCUUCCGUUCCAAAUCAUUGAGAGUAAAAAGUGAAGGAAGGGCGCCUCUUCGGGCCUAUCUUGACUCUGUACGACCAAAUGACUUGAGCGAUUGUGUAACUGUGACUCAACCAAAAAGAAAUUUAUCUCCCAAUGAGCAGCUAACGAUGAUGCAGUACGGUAUGUACAAUGAGCAUCAUGCCUCUUCUGUCAGUAAUGGGGUGUCUUCGGAAGAUUCAGCAAAGGAAAGUGACUCUCGGACUACUAACGGUGUUACAAAACAAAUUAAACGUGAUAAGUAUGGCAAGUUGUACAAUACAGUGAGAGUGAAAAGUGAUGAUAGGUAUGAAAGGUACAAUGACAUUAUGUCUUUCGGAGUGUCGAAAGAUCGCAUCAGAGAGGAACGCGUGUCGAAUGGCAACUGUGUUUUUUCAAGAAGUGCUAAGAGUUCAUCUAGUGGUUCGGAUUCAGACUUUUCGAUACCAAGACCUAAGCUGAUAGUACCAGUUCAUACCUACGGAACACGGAAACGUAGAACUGGAAAUUUAUGUCAACGAGACAGUAACGCUACAGAAACCUCUUUGGACGCGGGGGUAAUUCUAGACGUUACGCGUUUAGAAGACAAUAAUAUGGCUGCUGUUGAGAAUAAUAAGCGAAACGAGGAAGCAGAGGGUCGCGUGGAGGUAUCACGGGAGAACAAAUACCUCAGCACCAUGGCCCCGGGCAAGGUGUUCGGUGAGCUGGCCAUUCUGUACAACUGUAAGAGGACAGCCACCAUUAAAGCAGCCACCGACUGCCGGCUCUGGGCCAUCGAGCGCCAGUGUUUCCAGACCAUCAUGAUGAGGACCGGACUCAUACGACAGGCUGAAUACACGGACUUCUUGAAGAGUGUGCCAAUCUUCAAGGAUCUUCCAGAAGAUACAUUAAUCAAGAUAUCAGACGUGCUGGAAGAAACACACUACCAGAAUGGCGACUAUAUCAUUAGGCAAGGAGCUCGAGGAGAUACCUUCUUCAUCAUAUCUAAAGGACAGGUUAAGGUGACCCAGAAACAGCCAAACAGCAACGAUGAGAAAUUCAUCAGAACUCUCACGAAAGGUGAUUUCUUCGGAGAAAAAGCAUUGCAAGGGGAUGACCUUCGCACGGCAAACAUCAUCUGCGACUCGCCAGAAGGCUGCACUUGCCUCGUCAUAGACCGCGAGACCUUCAACCAGCUGAUAUCUGCCCUCGACGAAAUCCGCACCAAGUAUAAGGACGAAGGCGGGAGUAGACAGAGAUUGAACGAAGAAUUCGCCAAUUUACGCCUAUCGGACUUAAGGAUAAUUGCUACUCUAGGAAUCGGUGGUUUCGGCCGAGUGGAAUUAGUUCAGAUACAAGGGGACUCGAGUCGAUCGUUCGCCCUGAAGCAAAUGAAGAAGGCCCAGAUCGUUGAAACGAGACAGCAACAACACAUCAUGUCAGAGAAGGAGAUCAUGUCGGAGAUGAACUGCGAAUUCAUAGUGAAACUCUUCAAAACUUUCAAAGAUAGAAAAUAUUUAUACAUGCUCAUGGAAACUUGUCUAGGUGGUGAACUGUGGACUAUUUUAAGAGAUAGAGGACAAUUUGACGAUGCCACAACUCGAUUUUAUACUGCGUGUGUUGUUGAAGCCUUCCAUUAUUUACAUUCUAGGAAUAUUAUUUACAGGGAUCUCAAACCAGAGAACUUACUGCUAGACUCGAAGGGUUACGUGAAGUUAGUGGAUUUCGGUUUCUCGAAGAAACUGCAAGCUAGCCGCAAAACGUGGACGUUCUGCGGCACGCCUGAGUACGUGGCGCCGGAGGUCAUCAUGAAUAGGGGCCACGACAUCAGCGCGGACUAUUGGUCUUUAGGUGUACUCAUGUUCGAACUACUCACUGGUUCGCCGCCGUUCACCGGUGCUGAUCCUAUGAAGAUAUACAACAAGAUAUUGAAGGGAAUCGAUGCAGUCGAAUUUCCGCGUUGCAUCACGAGGAACGCCGCCAAUCUCAUAAAGAAACUGUGCCGCGACAACCCGGCCGAGCGGCUAGGCUACCAGCGAGGUGGUAUCACUGAGAUACAAAAGCACAAAUGGUUCGAUGGCUUUAAUUGGGAGGGCCUUGCGCAGCGUACUCUGGAUCCGCCAAUCACUCCAACAGUCAAAUCAGCAAUCGACACUCACAACUUCGACCAAUACCCUCCAGACGGUGACGAACCACCACCCGACGACCUUUCCGGGUGGGAUGCAACCUUCUAGUGAACGAAUGAUUUCUCCGGAGAGAAUGUAUGAUAGUUAUAGGUUGUAAUAUAGUGGCAGGGCAGAAGCAACUGAGCGCUUUCCGUGGUGGUGUGCUUUUUAAUUUCGAAUGUCUUGUCGAAGUUAACAUUUUUAUGCCAACCGUUGCACAUCGACUGAGUUUGCAAUGUUUCUUAGCACGGUUAACCUUAAAAUGUUAAAUUGAGUUGAAUUUGAUAUGAAAACGUAUUGGUUUGCAGAUCGUCAGUUUUUUUGCAUUUUGCAAAGGAAAUUGUUUUUUGUUAUAUUAAGCCAGAGUUACUAUGUGAUCGAAUAAUAAGCGGUUUACUUACUUUUGUAUGUACAGAUAUAAGCGAGGGUAGCUUAAAUAGUAUCUCAUGUAGAUAUACCUAUUUUACAGAAUCUUAUUAAUAAUAAUUAUGAUAUAAGGCUUGCCAAUUAUUUAUCAGAUUCUAAGAAUGUGCACAUGUAUAUAGUACACAGAGAUGAUUUAA